AUGUUGGUCCUUUGCGAGGAUGGGAGCCUGUGGGCUGUCAAUGCACAGGACAGCAGCACACAGCCAAUCUGGCCAGACAGGGAGUCCAGCAAUGGCUCCCUCGGGCUGCAGAAGCGGUCAUUCCCCGGAGGCAACACGCCAACAUGGGCGCAGAGUCCCCGGCAGGCUGUCAUAUGGAGCAGCUCUCACAUGGCAGUCCUGGGCAGCGAUGGAACUUUGAACGUGGUUGGCACUGCAACCCUGGAUGCCUGCCUCCAAAUUCCAGGCUGCGGAGAAGCAGUCAUGGCGCCUGCAGGUUCAGGUGCAGGGACUGGGUCAGCCGGUGCAAACGUCUUCAUGCUGUCCGAGAGCGGCGGUGAUUCUGCCACAGACAGCAGCGGGGGCUGGCAAGUGGAGGCGAUUGUUGAGAGGACUGCUGCAGAGCAUUUGGAGGAACUUGUCUCAGCACAGGACUGGCCUGCAGCCUUUGAUCUGACGCGACAGCACGGCCUUUCCGCUGACCCUGUGCACAAGGCCCGCUUCCUUAGUAGAGACCUGAAUAGGGAAAGUAUUCUGGAGAAUCUGGACCCUUUGCUGGACCGUUCAUGGGCUGCAGAGCAGGGCACAUCCCGGCUUGCAGUAGCCAGCGCGGCGCAGGCAGAGGCGUUGGAGUACAGCCUGGCAGAGACAGACAGGUGGGGCAGGCUGCCUGAGCAGAGAGACAGCGGAGGGGAGCCCAGCACCAGCUAUGCUGACAGCAGCGGCCCACCUUACCCUCAGGGCCACCCCUGGUGGCGGCGCCAAAGGCUGCUCGUUCUGCAGCACAUCGAGCGCUUGAGCACAUUUCUUGACCUGCAAGGAGGGGUGUUUGAUCCUGCUGGGUAUGCGGACUUUCGAGACAGCAGUCUCAAGGAGGCUGCGAUGGCGUUUGCUUCCAGUGGGUCUGCGGCCGCAGUCAGGAAGCUGCUCCAGCGCCAUCCCUUCACCCUCAUGCCACACGCGGCCAGAGAGGGCGGACUGGAGCCUCCCCAAUUGCCAAGGGAGGCAGACUGGGUGGAGAGCGGGGAGAUGUGCCGGGAGUUGCAAGAGUCCGGGGAGUACGGCAUGCUCAUAUCCACAGAGCAUAUGGCCCGCAUCUUCAUCGGCUGGCGACCUCCUGCACCGCAUCAGGCAUGCUUCACUGGCACACACGUGGUGCAAUGGUUUGCUCAGAGGGCUCUGGAGGUGGACGCUCGCAGCGGGCAGCUCAUCUUGGCUGGGGCUGUGCUGCGGCUGUGCUGCAGGACUGACGGCUCGCAGGGCGUCAAGGACAUGCAGGAGGCCGUCAACAGCCUGCGGGAGAUUGCCCAGCCAGGGGAGGCAGGUGGGAACGAUUGGGCCAUAGGGCUGGACGCGUGGGCGUCGCUGGACAUGUCGCAGCGGCUGCAGCUGCUGGCAACAGGGGACUCGCCCAUGGAGCAGCAGCGCGCGCAGCUGGCCAAGCUGGUGGAACGCGUGCCGGCCGCACAGCGCCAGCAGCUGCUCAUUGACCUGCUCGAGCAAGUGGCUCCGCUCAGGCUGCAGUGGUGCGCGGACUUCCUGCGGCAGGAAGCCCAACAUGCACAGGUGUUUGAGAGCAGUGGCGGCGUCGCCCAGGCUGCCUGUUCUGCCGCGUACGCGUGCCAGGAGGAUGCGGAUUGGGACCUGGUGCAAGCCAUGCUGGCAGCUGCAGGCUCGGCCACAGGCAGAAAGAAUGUUGCUGAGGAGUCCCAGGGGUGGGAUGACUGGCAGGAUCUGGAGGAUACCUCUGCACCAGACAAUUCACAGCACAAAGAGGAGCUUGAAAAGGCUCUGUCGUUGGUUGGCGCCGCUAAGCUGCUUAAGGAUCUGGGCUGCCCCAUGACUCUCUCGCAGCUGCGAGACUGCGACGGUGCAGCACAGAGCCGUGUCACGCAAACGCUGCUGGCUCGACUGUCACGCUCACAGCCGCCCCCGACAGACCAGCGGUGGACAGAGAAGUGGCGCCAGCUGCGGGACCUUCGGCAGGGGGCGUUCUCACAGCUACCGGCAGAGGAUCUGCUGGCGGACUUCUGCGACGCGCUGCUGCGCUGCGCCAAGUGGCGGCUGGCGCAGAAGUACCUGGCCGGCACGGCGUCUGUGCCGCUGGACGCAGGCAGGGCCGAGACUCUGGUGCUGGCCUGCGCCAAGGAAUACUUCUUCUCCGCCAACUCCCUACAAUCCCCCGAAGUCUCCCAGGCGCUGGCGUGCCUGGACGUGCUGCCCAGCAGUGUGGCGGCCGCAGCGGAGCGCAGUUUCAUCAAGGGCGUGCUGCGCCUGCAGGACUUCGGCGUCCAGAUCCCUCCCCUGCAGGCCUGCCAGGUGAAGGAUCGCAUGGAGCUGCUGCAGAUGGCGCUGGAUGCGCGGCCGGACGCGCACGCGGACGGCGGCCGGCUGGCGCUGCUGGCGGAGCUGCUGGGCGUGGCCGAGCACCACAGCGACCUGCAGCUGCGCCGGGCGCGCGCCGCCCUCGCCGCCGGCGACGUGGCCGCUGCCCGCGAGCACGUGUCCGACCUGGCCGCCCAGGGCUAUGUGCUCGCCUGGGAGGUCAUCGCGCUGCAGGAGUCUCAAGGCAGGGAGAAUGAUGGCGACGAGAUGCAGACUCUGCUAGCCUUUUGUCUGGCGCACUGUCCUGCUGAUCAGGUCCAAGCACACAUGGCCAGGUGGAAGCGCUUGAGGCAUCUUGCAACGCCGUCAUCGUUGGAGGAUGUCAAGGCACUUCUGCAGAGGACUGCGGCAAGCGUUGGCAGGACAAACAGUCUCCUUCCCGAUGUGGGCGAUGCAGCGCUAGCGCUGUCCUGCAUGCUUGCUCUGGAGAGCAGCAAGGACGUGGAUGACAGUGCGCUCCUGGAGGGCCUCUCCUUUGCUGCCUCUCGCAGCGUGUUGCUGCUGCGUAUGUUUGCCAGCUCCCUGCAGGCUCUCUCACCGGAGACUCUCCCGCUGGAUGACAUCAGCGGCGCCGUCACGGCUGCCCAGGAGCGGCUGCAGCGCGACCCCUGGGAGGCGUGCCACCUCAGCGCCGCGCUGGACCCGGGCCAGAUCAGCGCUCGCUCCCGCGCAGCGCGGCAGCGUGCUCUGAAGGCGCGGUCCCGGCUGACGGCGGCCGCUGACGAGCGCGCGCUCCGUUCCCUGCUGCCCCCCUCUGCUGUGGUGAGUGCUGCGGCUGCAGAGGGCCCUGGCGCGGCGGCCAAACAACGGCUGCAGCAGGCGCUCAUGCUUGCAGAGCGGUACAGGCUGAGCUUAUGGGCACUGCAGAUGCGCUACACUGAGACCCUGCUGCUGAGGACACAUCUAGACAGAGACAAAGUGAAGGAGGAUUUACUGAAAGAGCCGCGCGAAGCUAUCAUUUCCCUUGCAAGACGCGUGUGGCCACAACUGGGCCCAACCACUCACGGGCAGCUGUCACUGCUCCUGUCUCUCUUGCAGGAGUGCCUUGAUGCACUGGACGGCAGCCAGGCGGCCAACCAGCACUUGCCAGCAGCAAAGGAGUUUCUGCAGCGGUGCAGCCGGGUAGUGCCGGCCAUGAAUGCCAAGCUCUUCCUUGGCCCGCUGCUCGCCGCCGCAGUCACGGUCGCCCACAGCUCUUUGAGCCCGCAGAUCAUUGCCACAGUGCUGGAUGGGUCCUGUAUGGGAGAGCGCAAUGGCGAGUCACUCCCCAAAGAUACAGGUCAGGAGCGGCAGAGAGGAGCAGAGAAGCCCCCGCUCAAGCGCAUGCUGUUUGCUGCCGACGAGACGCAGGCAGACAGCAGCCAGCUUCUGCAGAGAUGGCAGAGAUGUGCCCUGGAUGAGAUAUGCGCACGCGUCACGCCCUCAAACGCAGCCAAAAUGGCCGCCCUCAUCCGCAGCCUGCCUGACCUGUCAGCACUGCUGAGGCAGGCGCUGCCCGCGCAGCCGCCACAGCAGGACACUGCACACUGGCCGGGCUUGGGCCAUAGCACCGUGCUGCUGGCCCUGCUGUGCAAGGAGAUGUCAGCCCAGCCGCAGGGGCGCACAGAGGACCAAAGGCCAGAGUCGUCAGAUCUGGCGCAGGCGUACAAGGCGGGCAGGAAAUAUCUGAAGCAGCUGGAGGCCGGCCACCUGGCGGCGUUCCUGCGCUUUCUGCUUCUGCGCAGCCGGCCGCCCUUGCCGUCAGGCGCUCUGCCCGCGGAGCCGGCACAGCUGCCCGGGCCGCUGCGGCUGCACGUCGUGCAGGACGGCAUCACCCUGCUGAAGGCGAUUGUGGCCUCUGCGGAGAAGGACGAGCCCCUUGAUGCCGGUCAUCCUGCAAAGGUGGAGAUGGGGGGUAUCAGGGCACUGCUGGAAGAGCUGCGGCGGGAGGCCGGGGCGCUGAGCUUGAUGGCCCACCUACGCGAGCAGGCCGGCUUGACCGAGUCGCAGCUCCAAGUGUUACAGCUCCGGCUGGGGCAGGGCACAGCCACCAACGUCAGCACCUCUGAAGGCCCAGACAAGCAGGCAGCGCUGCCCGGAGCCCUCACAGACCUGGCACUGGCGGGCUGCAAAGCUGCAAAGCUGCUGCGCGUGGCCCACGCAGUUCUGCACAAGCCGGGCAGCUCGGCGCCUGAUACAGUGCAGGAGGAGGCAGCUCGGUGGCAGCAGAGCAGGGACCUUGUCAGGGCAGCGGUGGUGGGUGUGGUGCAGAGCGGCUUGGCUGAUCUAAAGCAUGAUGGCGCCGAUGCGCAGCCGUCAGCACAGGUGCUCAGAGCGGUUGAGGGCGCUGUUGGGUGCCUGGAUACGGCGAUCGGCUCGGAUGUGAUGCGGGGGGAGGGAGAUGCAGCAGAGUGGCUGCAGGGCGUGAGGCAGGAGGUCUGGCAGCAGCUGCUGGGCUUUGUGCUGGAAACAGCUCAGGCCGACAGCGCUGCCCUGGGACCCGUGCUGGGCCUUGUCGGCGCCAUUGCUCCUGACGCCACAGGCUCCUCCCGGUGGCAAGGAUGGCGGCCAGAAGGCGACAGCAGCGCUCAGCUGGGCCACCUAUUACUGCUCAGCCGCACACAGGCCUGCCUGGCAGCUGACUUCCCAGGCGUCAGCAUCAGAGCGGUCGAUGUCACGAGUUUGCAGGCUGCUGAGGAGCUGUUCACGCGCUUGCUCGGCAGUGCACAAUCCCAGCUACAGCUGCUCAGCCUCAUGAAGCUGCUGGGCCAAGUGUGGAACAGUGGGAGUGCCUUCUCUGCCGAGGAUCAGGCUGGUCCUGCCCUUCAGCAAAGGGACGUCAUUAUGCAAGACGCGUCAGAGAAUGGCAACGUGCACCACCGGCAAGACAAUCACAAUGCUGAUGUGGUCUCACUCAACAAGAGUUCAGCACCGGAGAUGGCAGCUGAUGGAGAAGGCUGGGAGGGGGCUGAUGACUUGGACGUGGCUCUGGAAACCGUCAGCGACUCUGCAGCAGGGGCACACAAUGCAGCGUUGACAGGGGAGGCUCCUGCACUGGCAGUAGACAAUGGGUGGGAGGUGGAGGACCCUCUAGAUCUGGAGCCUGACAGCGUGAAAGGACUUUCAGAAACCAAGCAGAGCUGCAAGGUUGGAACCAAGGAGCUUCCCAUUGAGUCCUUGGAGCAGGCGGAGGCAGUGCUGCUGCACGGGUGCUGGGCCGCUCUGCUGGCGUGCAUGCUGCAGGAUGGCAGCCCAGCCCUUGUGGCGAGUGUGCUGCGCACUGUGGAGGAUGCCGCCACACGGAUGCCAUUCCUGAUCACCCUCGCAGAGGCGCACGCCCUCACAGAGGCUGCAGAUUCUGCUGGGACUGACGUGGCUGUCACCCUGGGCCUUCUGCUGCCUUACCCAGUGGUGCAGGCUGCGGCCGAGGCGCGGUUGCACACUUCGGGGCACCUUUCUGAGGCUCCAGAUGAGAGCCUCAUAGCCGUGUUGCUGUCACGGAGGCUCUGGCCAAGCCUGGCACAGACCCCUGCCUAUCCGCGCCUUACUCAAGCUCUCCUGACGCGCCAAACGCACAUGACAGGGGAGGCAGCAGCGGCCAAUAUCAAGGCGUCGUCAGCUGCGGCGUCGUUGGCAGAGAGCGGGCAGCACGCAGCGGCCGCGGCCAUCGCAGCGACCCACCUGGGGAUCCACCCUGCGCUGUCCACCCUGGGCGGCGGCCUCUCCAUGCUCGGUCCCUACCUGCGCGGAGCUGCACGCGCAAGGGAAGCGGCUGCAUCUUCACAUGUUUACACUGAUGACAGCGGAGAUGUGAGCGUUCCGCAGGCCAUUGAGCAAGUGUGGGGCAUGCUGUCCGGCCAGUGCGAGCGCGCUCUGUCUCGCCUGCGGCAAGAUGCUCCUUAA